ACCCCACCAGCCAAGUUAAAAAAAAUAACUGAAGUGUGCCUAUCUCCGGGCCGGAGCCCCUCCCCUUGGCUGGGCUGCGCGGGAGGAGGGUGACCCAGGUGCCGCUUCCUCCCUCCGAUCAGGGUCAGGAGCCCGAGAGCGCGACCCUCGCUGCCGCCGCGUUUUGUCCCCUAGGCGUCUCGGCCUCAGCCGGGGCCACCGCCCAGGACCCAUCAGAGAUGAGCAACCUCAACAGCACGUCGCUGCCCCCUUACCACCAGCUUGAUCCAGGGACGUCCUAUGCCACAAUGGACAUUGCCAUCAUUGCAGCUGUGAUCACUGCUGUGGCCUUAGUCCUGGUCUGCCUCCUCCUCGUCAUGCUUCGCUACCUGUACCGGCACAAGGGCACCUACCACACCAAUGAGGCCAAGGGCACAGAGUUUGCUGAGAGCGCAGAUGCAGCCCUGCAGAGCGACCCCGCCCUCCAAGAUGCCAAUGACAACAGCAGGAAAGAGUACUUUAUCUGAAGGACAUCAGACCUCAUCUCCCUGAAUGUCUCCUCCAACUUCAGGAGAACCAAUGCAUCUACCACUUACCACCAUCACUGUUCCACAGGGCACCUGGCUCCUCCCAGGAUUCAUACCUACGAACACGUGGUGGCUCCCCAGGGAGGAAAGGGGGAGGACGCAGGCUGAAAGAGACCUCUUCCAGGGACACAGGGACAUAGCAGCCACCCUAGUAGGCCAGCUUUUGCUCUGGCAGGAAGAGAGCAAAUCUGGACACACAGGUCUCCCUGGGACAUUCAGGAUGUCAUCUUAUCAAUGUGAAAGUCCUUCAGGGUGUGAGUGUGGUAGAUGGGCCUGGGAGCUGGGGCCCCAAGGAAGUGAGACAUCAAUACACCGACUGGAGAUAAUGGCAUCAAAUGUCAGUCCUUGACAUUUGGGUUGAGGGGAACAGCAGGUGCCAGAGCUAAAAGGUACCUUUGUCUCCCAUUGAUCCAGCUCAAAACAAUUGGAAAUAAAUUUGAAAUGUAAUCAAGCAUUCAGAGUCAAACAGCACUACGGAAAUUGUCUGGGGAAUGACAAACACCCAGUGCUUGCUUUUUCCUGAUGUGAUUUUGUGUUUUCUGACAGAAACUGUGUGCAUGCUAUGCUGGGACUAUCCAGUCUGGCAAGACAGGUGGGAGGAAGAGUGAUCUGCAUCUUUCUCCCACACCAGCACCAACUGCAUGAAACAAACGUAAGGGCUAAAUAUCCCUCUGGAGAUAGAUUGUUACAAGUGGUCAGGGCACGGGCUGAAGUGUAGGUUUUCUGAUGCACAGUAUGGAGGCAAUAUAGACCUGUUCCAACAGUUGUGAGUGAACCCCAUCCUCCCCAUAAUCACACUGAAGAUGGCACUCAGUGGUUGGAAUAUAGACUGCAGAGGUCCACACCCUGAGUGUAAGUCCCAGCUCCCCUUUACUGCUUUUGAGACCUUGGUCCACUUCAAGUGGAAAUAUUGCUAAUAAUGCACCUCUGUGACCCGAUUCACAGCAUUGAGGGCAGCAAUAGAUGUGUCAAGUACUUAGCAUUCACUGUGUUUCAUUACCACUAUUAUAGUGGAUAGUGUGCAUAUGUUUAUUAAUGAAAAUUCCUUAUUGCAUCACUUCUAAACUCCUCCUGAGAAGGAAAUAUUGUUUAAAAAGAGUAACUGAGAAAAUGAAUUCAUUAAUCAUCCCUUUUAUAAGAUUCUCAACAACUCAAAUCACUAAGACAAUGGCAGCUCCAAGAUUAAAGACUGCACCCUGGGGUGCCAGGGUCUGCCAGGAGUCCCUUCCGUUUAUUGAGGCUACAUCAUCUCCACCUGAGUCAGCAGAACAGUUCUCCUCAUCUCCCUUGAAGGAUGAUGGGGAUCCAAGCUCAGCUGGGAAUGGCUAUCAGCCAUUCCCAGAGCUGGUAGCCCUGGCAAUGACAUAGGAGAGAAAAGCACAGAGAAACUGUUGGUGGCCGGAGCUUGGUCAGAUGCAAAACCUUUCCCUGUGCAUCCUCAGCUCCCUGGCCCUCUGCUUUCUCAGGUAGUAGGUUUGACUCCCAUAGCCACCCUUUGUUUGAGAAGGAUAUGUUCCAAAAUUCCGAGUGGGUGCCUGAAACCAAAAAUAGUCCUGAACCCUGUAUAUACUCUUUUUUUUUCUUAUAUAUACACAUGCCUCUAAUAGCUUAAUUUAUAGACACGGUAAAAAGUUAACAAGGAUAACUAAUAGUGAAAUAGUACAACUAUAUAAUAAAAUUACUGAAAAUUA